UAUAGAGUGACAGAGCUGGGGCAAACAGCUGAAAAUGUCAUCCUAUGUGGCUCAGGAGCUUCACCUUGCUAGGAGACGUAAAGAGAUACUGUCUCAGAGAUCAGAGCUGCUACAGCAGAUGGAGACUUAUCUAGGAGACAAAAAGACUAAAAAGACAUGGCAAACUCAAGCAGCUGAUGCAGCUCAUAAAAGGAAUGCAGCCCUUUUAAAUGAUAUAGAAGCAGCAGAAAAAAAGCUGCAAGAGAGAGUGUGUUUACUUCCACAUCCCGAUACUGUUAAGUUAGAAACUCUCUAUUGGGCAUCAAUAAAAGAAUCUCUUCCCAAGUGGGAACAGUUUCUUUUAGGAAGAGCAGAAGUUCCUAUUGGUUAUAAGAAAAUGAAAACUACAAAGCAGAACAUAAGCUACUCAGAAGAAGAGUCACAAAAAUGAACAUUCUAGUUCCAUUUUGUUUUGUAAUGUAUGGCUUAAACAGACAAAAUCACCCAGAUCAGGCAACAGAGUGUCAUGCAUUGUGGUGUAAAUCAUUUAAAUGAAAAUGAACUGUGUUGGAUUGUUUAUUUGAUGAGUUGUGUGCAAUUCCUUAUUUUUGUUCUGUAAUCCAGACAAUCCUCAAAAGGGUUUUUUAGGAUCAAAAGUGAGAAACACCAUUGGUGUGUAGAAACCAAACAAGGCAAUUACCUUUUCAGUAUGAGAAG